AUGAAGGCCAUUGGGGUCAGAAACGGCAAAGGCAAUGCCGAUGCCCUCUUCAUCGAGGAGGGUGUGCCUGAUCCCGUUCCAACGGGUAAUCGCAUCCUGGUUCGCAUCAAGGCAUUCGGUCUCAAUCGCAUGGACAUAAUGCAGAGGGAGGAUCGGUAUCCAUAUCCUUUGUUGCCUGAGUCAGGGAAGAUCAUGGGCGUGGAGUUUAGUGGGAUAGUGGAAGAGAAGGGCCCCAAUUGUUCCGGGGAUUUCCAAGUGGGGGACAAGGUGUUUGGUCUUGCAUAUGGAGGGGCAUAUGCACAAAAGAUUUCCGUGUCAGAGAAGAUGCUCAUGCAUCUUCCCCCUACGCUGAGUUUCGAAGAAGCUGCUGGCAUCCCAGAGACCUCCUUCACAGCUAUCCAGGCGGUCCAUCUAGUCGGUAACCUUCAACCUGGCCAGUCAGUACUCAUCCACGCUGGUGCUUCUGGAGUCGGUCAAUCCGCUAUCCAGAUUGCCAAAGCCGGCGGUGCAUCUAAGAUCUUCACCACUGCUGGGAGUGAUGAGAAAUGUGAAUUAUGUCGCUCCCUUGGAGCAGACUUUGCGGUCAAUUAUCGCUCUGGAGAGGACUUCUCCGAGGUAGUCAAGCGAGAAACAAAUGGACGCGGCGUGGAUCUCAUUGUCGACCUAGUAGGACGGGACUAUUUCCACCAGAACAUGGCCUCAGCAGCCAUGGACUCUCGCAUGGUCCUGGUCGCUGCUUUAAGCGGGAGCAAGGUGGACGACUUUGACCUGCGUGCACUGCUCAAUAAGCGAAUUUGGCUGAUGGCUACCACGCUGAGAACUCGAGCGGCUGAUUAUCAGGGACAGUUGCGUGAUCUAUUUUGUGAGAAGAUCCUUCCGCAUAUCAAAUCAGGCGAGGUGAAGACAACGGUGGACAAAGUGUUCUCAUGGACGCAUGUAUCGGAUGCUCAUAAACGUCUGGAGUCAAAUGUGAACGCCGGCAAGAUUAUCUGUCUGGUGGAUGAGAACUGA